UUGAUUGCAAUGGCCAACUCGGGGCUGCUGAAGUUUUUAUUUGACCCGUUCUAUACAACCUUUCAUGGAGUGGAAAAAACUAAGAACUAAAGGAAAGUCUUAUUGCGCUACUAAGCGCGUAAAGACCGCCCCUUGUCAGUUCGCAGACUCGAGUGCGCACCGCCAGAGAGUCUCGACGGCCCUCUCAACCUAGUUCACUGUAACCUACGUGGCACUCAGUGUGGCACUCGUUUGCUGUCACAAUGUUGGGCUGCACACGAAAGAAGUGCUUCAAUUGUCUUGGUGGUUUGCCUGUAAUUUUCGUCAUCCUUCUGAUAGGAUGGAGCUACUAUGCAUAUGUGGGAAUUUUCACCACUCAAGUGAUAUAUCCCUCGGGUGUCCUUCAAGCAGUUUCCUAUCUCGUCAUAUAUCAUGCGCUGCUCGGGAUGUUUGGUUGGUCAUACUAUGCGGUCGUCAGAACAUCCCCAGGACACCCAAGGCAGUUGGAGAGCUUAGACCGAGACGCCUACUGCUGUCAGGGACCAGCUGCAGCAAGAGGUCCGAUGUCUCGAUACGAUACUCCAGAGACAUUACCAUUGACUUCAUCCGACGACGAUACAACUCUCAAAGAGACGGAGGACCCGUACGUCCGUAGUCAUCAAAAAACAAAUAGUGCUGUCGGGGAGGAAAGGAUGCACGAGCCAUUGUUUGUGGACUCGGUUACGUGGGACGCCCAUGCCCCUCGCCUGUAUCCGCCGACGCAAAUGCUGGAAACUAAGCAGGACGGCGCACCGCGAUUUUGCACGAAGUGCAACAAUUGGAAACCCGAUAGAAGCCACCAUUGCUCGAUAUGUGAAAGAUGUGUGCUCAAACUUGAUCAUCAUUGUCCGUGGAUAAAUAACUGCGUGGGCUUUGCAAACUACAAGUACUUCUACUUGUUCAUCCUGUACACCUUUUUGUACUGUAUCUUCAUAUUCACAACAAUGGCAGUAUCUCUGGUGAAUAGAGAAGAUCUCAUCCAGGGUCUAGUAGGGAUAGGAUUUCAGAAUACCUUCCUUCUCAUUGUCUCUGGCGUAUUCGCACUCUGCUUGCUAGCCUUCGUUGGCGUACAUACGGGCCUCCUAGUCGACAAUAGGUCGACUAUAGAAAGCCUCGAAGGAGCGAGGAGAGUCAGACUGGAGGAUGGCACCACGCGGUUAGCGAAAGAGAAACACCUAUUCGAUAUGGGGUAUAAGAAGAAUUUCAUCGAGGUGUUCGGACCGCGGUGGGAGCUUUGGCUUGUACCCGUUUACACUAGUAUUGGCGACGGACAUAGCUUCCCGUACAACAAGGAAGUCUACCGACGACUUCUAGCAGACGUAUGAGCUUCUAGACUCUAUCGUCCGUUCUUGUAGCUAUUAGACCAUCAUUCUUGGAGCCAUGUACAUAGAGCCAUCUCAGUGUUACGCAUACCACGGCGUUCGAUUGUUUAUUUUGCGUCAUUAAGGAGUGGUUCAUUUCUGCGUAUGUAUUGUACCCCGGCGGCGCGGUGUCGAAAUUGGUUGCGUCAGCCAUUUUGUUUUCGACAGUCGUUGAGAGUGCUAG